AUGAAGAUAAAUCAAUUAACAAAAUUUCAGACGACAAAUUGGAUGUGUUGGCUAUUGAUCGCGUGUAUCUGCCUUGUCGAAGCUAGAUACAAAAUUAGAAGACCAUUGCCUCCCCCACAGCCUCCUAAACUGAUGUUCAAGAAAUCAUGGCCACUUACUCAUCGAAUUUCGGUGGGAAAUACAAUGCAUAUCAAUGGAAAUUUCCCAUUGAAACGAAUAGCUCACAAACCCUCGAAUUAUAGAAUUCGUCGACCUCCGAUGUUCAAUGUGCCAUCUAAUAUUUGGAAAAAUCAGAUUCCAAUAAGAACUUCUUUAAAUAAUCAUGCGGUUUUACCACAACGUCCACCAGUUAAAGAAUUUCAUACCGUAAAUAAAAUGCCGGAAUAUAGUCCUGAAUACAGACCGGAAGCUGCUGUUUUGCCACCGACCCAUAGAGGUGGUGUCGAUGAUGACAAGGGACCAAUUCAUACGAUUCCUGCGCCUAAUCUGAGUCCCAUGGAUAAGCCUUUUAAUAAUGAAGUGAAUAUAGAAGAAAAUUCACGUCAACAAACAACUGAUGCUACUUAUAAAAUCAAUCCACAUGGCUCCUUAUUACCAAAUUUUGAUCUUGCUACUAUUAGCACGAGUUUAACACCGCAGAAAACUGUAACGAGUCCCACUCCAGUGCAACAUAAUUACGAAGUAACUGAAAGCAAUGAUAUCAGUCAAAAAGAAUAUCAAACCGUUUUACCGACAUUCUUGCCUCCAGACUUUGCAACUCUUUCAACAUUGGUGAAUCCUGACUUACAAACAAAUGACGUUUAUUUAAAUAAUCAUCCAGCGUCGAAUAUAGGCCUCAUCGGAACAAACAUUCAACUCGGGCAGUCCAACUUACCAAUGCAAACUAAUCUUCAUAGUUCACUGCAUGUUGGUUUCCCUGGUACCGCUGGACAGACUCCAUAUAUUAUAAAUCAACAAAUACCUGAUCUACAUGUUGGUCAUCCAGCUCCUGCAGGUCCUCCGCUUUCAGCAACUCAACUUUACGAUCUUUUAAACAGCUUUCCUCAAAAGAUGCCAGAACAAUAUCAAACAGGUCAACAACCACAGCUUCAGCAACAUAUUCUUCAGCAACAACUUGGUCAAUUCUUUCAACCUACCGGUGUAACUGGUUUCUCACAGCCCCAGAUGCAAUCGUUCAAUUACGAUGAACAAGAUAAUAAGGAGCAGCAACAGCAGCAGGUCUUGUUCAAUCAAGAUUACGUCGCUGGAAGAGUCAAUACGAAUUACAAUGUAGGACCGGAGACUUCCAUAAAUGAUGAAGAAAGUGCUGGUUUGCAACAAAACGAAGAUCUCACUUAUAUUACUGAUGGAAACGAACAAUUAGAAAAUAACAUUGAAUAUGAGGAAAAUAACGAUCAAAAGGAUCAAACGACAUAUUUUAAUAAAGUGGCUAAUGAUGAUGGAAUUUCUACGCAAUUUUAUACGACAUUACCCAAUCGUGAAGCUGCAGAAAAAUUGGCAGCUCUAGCAGCUGCUGGAAAUGUUAACAGUCAAUUGAUUGGACAAUUGCGAAAACAACAACAGCAACGAGAGAAUGUACAGAGUGAAGAAACUAUGCCGCCUAAUCACAAAAAUGAAGAAUACAAAACAAAUGAGCAAAUUAAUAAUAAUCGUUAUAAUCAAAAGUAUUAUCAAGAUCAUGUUCAGAAUCGACAAAAACAACAAUACAGUCAGCAAAAACACGAAACAUUACAAUAUGAAGAACGUCAGAAGGAAUAUGAUAGGCAACAGAAUCAUCAACAAAAUAUUUAUAAUAACAAACGACCACUAAGAAUUAUGGUGCCAGAUGAAAAUGAUUAUAGCAAUACCGAAUCACAAAACGAUGAAAAAAAAGAAAAUACGGAAAUUGAAUACGAGUAUGAGAAUGACGAGGCGGAUAUUGGAAAUUCGCAAUCGUUCGAUGAAAGAUCGUCUUAUGAUCAAUCAAAUACUGAAUUUGGAUCACGUUUGAAUCCCAAGACUGGAAUAUAAGUUUUUUUUUUUAAAUAUUGUAUAUAUUGUUGUACGUGAAUAUUUAUUACAAUCCUAUUUAUCAAUUAGUUUUAUUCUUACGGGGAUUUAAUUUAUAAUUAGAUGAAUGAAUAAUGAAUAAGAUUUUUUUUUGGA